AUGAGCAGCAGGCCAUCAGGCUCGCGCGGCGGCAGUGUCGCCAGCAAUGCAAACCAGGCAGCUCUAAGAGCAACUGCAUCAAAUCGAUUUGCGGAUCGUCGACAAGAGCGAAUGCGUGGUGCAGGUACUGCCGUAGCAAUCCAACGUGACUUUCAGUUCAAACUGCCGCAGAAGCGACCGACAGCCGCACCCACGCCCAACCCAGAUGCAUCUGCAUCUACUUCCAACGACUCUUCCUUGACCAAGCGCAAACCGGGCCGGCCGCGCGGCUCGGGUCCAAAACAAAAAGCUGCUGCAGCCGCAGCUGCGGCCGCGGCGGCCGAGGCAUCCUUCGACGCUGGCUCCGAUCUCAACGCUUUCUCGCCGCCCCCACUGCAUGAUGAGCUGCUCUACUCGCCUCACGCUGAUGCGUCCGGAAGCAUGGGUGUAGGACGGCGCAUGGCCAGACCAAGAACUUCAGCUCCUAUCAGCAGCACGCCCGCUCCAUCGCGCAUUAACAAACAGACUCAGCAUCGCACAGCCUCUUCAGUCGCUCCUUCGCCGCGCAGAGGUAAUGACGUCUACGACGACGAAGAGUUGGGCAGUCAGAUCGGCGACUAUUCGGGUUCGAGCGCCGAUGCUAGUGCUGGUGGCAGUGCGGGCGGCGCUGGCAUGGUUGUUUCGCCACCAGAGUGGGAUGGCGGAAUGGACGGCGUGGACGAGUCGUUGCCCAUGAUCCCAUCGCCCGCGGCAUCUUCUCAUGUCGACUCUUCGGUGCGCCGUAUGAGGCCGAGCAUCGGAGGUGCCAGUGCGUCUCGACUCAGCAUUGCAUCGCAUGCAGACUCACCAGCAGCACGCGCAGCUCAACGCAACCUCGACGCACGUCAACGUCACCGACAGGGCAGUCCAGGCACGCAGAGGAUCUCAAAGCAAGCGCCACUGGCCACAGCAGCAGCAGCCAAAGCGCGCGGUGGUAGACCGCCGUCCAAAUCAGCAGCAAUUCCAUCUCGGCGUGCACUGAUCCAAGUACCCACCGAGAUCGAGGACGAGACGGUCAUGGAUCGCACCAUGCUCGAACGUCAACGUCGAGCAGCCUCCAUCUCGUCCGCACGAGCAGCGCGGCCCGGUCGCGAGUUGCAAAAACGGCUCAAGCGUGCUCUCUCGCUCGUCUUUUCUGCCGAAGAAGCCGCCGACCCAGACGACCCGGAUGCCCCUCCACCCGGCAAAAAACGCAAGUCGGCCAAAUACCUCAACGAUGUCGACAUCAUCUGGUCCAUCGUCGACGAAGAGCUCCGUAGCGCCAUCGAAGAGCAACCUGCCAAAGCGCCUUUCUUGGCGCUCAAAGCACUGCGCAAGUCGGUCCGCUCCAACUUUUUGAAUCUGAGCGAGAAGACGGAUAACCGCACGACGCUCAUCUCGCAACUGAUGCGCGCGAGGAAGCAGAAGCGGCUCUUGAGGAAGGAGGUGUUUGCCAAGCGCAGCGAGUUGGCCAAGGUGACAGUCGAGGCGGGCGAGAGGCAAAAGGAAUUGGAUGAUUGGAGUAAAGAGGUCAAGGACGUGAGGAGGUGUAAUGCGUUUUUGCUCAAUCUGCAGCAUCAGGCUGCGGCGUGGGCUUGA